CCGAAGCACGCGAAGACGCUCGUCGUGGGGCGGCCGAACGUGCUCGACGAGCAGGGCUUCCUGGAAGACGUGAAGACGAUCCUGCGUUCGAAGCUGCUGACGAACGGCGGCCCUUUCGUCAGCCAAUUGGAGCAGGGCGCGCGCGAGUACCUCGGCGUCAAGCACGUCGUCGCCGUGAGCAACGCGACCGUGGGCCUCGAGCUCGCGCUGCGGGCGCGGCGCUUCGCGCCGGGCGCCGAGGUGCUGCUGCCGAGCUUCACCUUCGUCGCCACCGCGCACGCCGUCGCCUGCGCCGGGCUGACGCCGGUCUUCUGCGACGUCGACGAGGCGAGCCACUUCAUGUCCAUCGCCUCCGCGGAACGAGCGACCACGCCAAAAACCGUCGCCGUCGUCGGCGUCCAUUUGUGGGGCCGCGCGGGCGACGCCGCGGCGUUGGAGGCGUUCGCGGCGAAACGGUCCCUCGACGUCUUCUACGACAGCGCCCACGCCUUCGGGGCGGCCUACGCCGACGGCGCCAAGGUCGGCACGCGGGGGCGCGCCGAGGUGUUCAGCCUGCACGCGACGAAGCUCCUCAACGGCUUCGAGGGGGGUUUGAUCGCGACGAACGACGACGCGCUGGCGGUCGCGGCGACGCGGGCGCGCAACUUCGGCUUCAGCGGCCAGGACACGAUCGUCUCCAUGGGCACGAACGCGAAGCUCAGCGAGGUCCACGCGGCGCUGGCGCUGCGGCACCUGCGGGUCGUCGACGCGACGCUCGACACGUACCGGGCGGUCGCGGCGGCCUACGGCGACGCGCUCGGCGCCGCGGGCCUGCUCGACGGGCCCCUGACCUACUGGAACGCGCCGUUCUUGCGCGCGGACUCGGGCUGCACGCACUCCUACGUCUGCGUGCGCGUCGAGCCGGCGUUCGGCGUCUCGCGCGACGUCGUCAUGGCCGAGCUCCGCAAGGCGGGCGUCUACGCGAAGCGCUACUUCUUCCCCGGCGUCCACGCCCACGCGCCCUACGCGCACCUCGCGCCGCGCGAGCCCGGCUUCCUCGCCGCGACGGACGCGCUGAACGCGUCGCUCCUCGUGCUCCCGACGGGCGCGGCCGUCGCCGCGGACGACGUC